AUGAGCUCUUAUCACAAUUUAGUUUCGAAUGAGCCCAAAUUAAGAUGUGAAUUUUGUCUAAAGUCAAUCCCCGAAGAGAAGGUCACUUGUAUAACUUGUGGGGCACAUUACCACUCCUCUUGUGUGCUCAAAAUAUCCAACGUUCGAGUUGUGGGCAGAAGGAAUUUGGUGGAAUGUUGCUCAAUUAAUAAUUUAAAUGUUGCUAAUGAUAAAAAAGAUGACAAGGAUAAAGACGUGCAAAUUAAGGUGUCCCUUUGGUUUAAGUUGUCAGCCCCAAAUAUACCCACGGUUAAGCCUCAGAAUCGAAGCAGGAGGAAAUCAUUUUUCGAAAGAGUUUCUAGGAUGAUAUGUCAGUACCGGAAGAAACAGAACAACGUUAAGGAAUCAACUAAACAAAUACUGCAACAUGAAGAUAAGUGUUCAGAAACUAAUUUCAAAAAACCUGAGGAUUCUGAUGAGGCUGUACAAAUCCUGAUCUCGUACGACAACAUACCAGAGUUGGAACAAGAUGAAGCAAUGCUCAGUUGUAUUGUACAAAACGAAAUAUCUAAACAAACGAUUAUGGAAGACGGGGAGGCGAGCAUAUCCACUUUUACUCAAACUGAAGAAUUGUUUAAUAAAACAAGGAACGCCCACUUCGAAAAGAAUAUCGAAUUACACACUGUGGACCUAAAUUCUACAUUCUCAAAGCCUUCAACCAGUAUUAAGAGGAAAAUUUCAUUUUGGGCUUCUUUGGUGCAACAAAAUACUGUUCAAAUAGAAAACUCAAAAAUGUCCAAAAAUAAUGAAAUUAAUUCAAUCAGCAAGACUAAACCUAAGUCAAUUUAUGUAAAUGGAGGAACCAUAAACCUGGUUCAUAAUGAGAUAAAAAAUUGGAUGCAAACACAAACAGAGCCACAACAUGUUUAUGAAGUACCAAAAUUGAUUAAUGAAAAUCAAUAUAAUAUUAAUGAGAAUAAAACAUUUAUAAAAUCAAUGCUGUCUAAAAUGAAAUUCGACAUUAUAAAGCAAGAAAUUUCAAAAACAGAAGCAAAUUAUACAGAAACUAAGACGAAAUGUCUUCAUCUCCAAUCAGAAAUUGAUAAACUCUAUAAUACGACUGAAAAAAGGGACAAAAUAAAUUUAGUAAGUUAUAUAAAAGAACUGAUUAAAAAGGAAAUUAAUUUCAGUGUAAAUAACAAACCUGUAAGGAAUAACGCAAUCAAUAACUUUGAUACUAAAGAUGUGAUGGUGAAAAAUGAGACUGAAACAAAAUUAACCAGCAAAAAUUUCACAAACAACGUAGACAAAAUAUUUAAACAAAAUUCUAUAAGAGCAGACAAAAUUAAUUCACUAAUUGAUUUGGAAGCUGAAAAGAAAUCUGAAAUGCAAGUGUUUAAGGAAAAUAACAUGGAUUAGAACCAAGAGCAAUACAUAAUACUGACUGUAAAAAAAUGUAAUCUAACUUGAAUAAAGAUAAUGAGCACAAAUAA